CGCGGUUGUUGAUGGGUUUGGGUGGGUCCAUUUUUGUGCUCCGUAGAUGCCAAGAACGUGCGCAUGAAACGGCCAAAACGAAACUCGAGUAGCGCCCAACAACACGAAAUUUCCAUCGCUAAAACAUGAUAUACACGUAGUCCGCACCACACCAUACUCUUGUGCACUGAAAUCCCCUCUCAUUUUCAUCUUCGUCUUCUGCAUCAACACAAGAGCAAUGGGAAUAGAGAUUCCGGAGCCUAACACGUGCGUUAGGGGUUGCUGCACCAGCCCCUCUAUUCCCCUUCAUCUCCCUCCCUCUUCUUAUGCUAUCUCCUCGCCCAUUGCCCGAGGGGCUGAGAGUGUUGUUUAUGAAGGGACUUUGGAUGGUGUGAGGGUUGCUGUGAAGAAACCCAUUUUGUCUACUUCUGAAGACAUCAAUAAAUUCCAUAAAGAAUUGCAAUUGCUAUGCAAGUUAGAUCAUCCGGGAAUAGCGACACUAAUUGCAGCCCAUGCAAAACCACCCAAUUACAUGUUUUUCUUCAAGUUAUAUGAAUCUCUGAAUCUUGCACAGAAGUUACACGUGGAAGAGUGGAUCCCAACUCUCAAUGAUGCACUUAUGAUAGCAAUCCAGUUAGCAAAGGCUUUGCAAUAUCUGCAUAACCUCGGGAUUGUGCAUAGAGAUGUGAAACCGGCAAAUAUUCUUCUUGACAAAAAUCUUUGUCCACACCUCACAGAUUUUGGUUUGGCAGAAUACAAGAAUGAUCUUAAGGGAGUUUCUACCGCGAAUUGGAAGUCUUCUGGAAAGCCUACUGGUGGUUUCCACAAAAAGAAUAUGGUUGGAACACUCAUUUACAUGGCACCUGAAAUAUUAAGAAAGGAGUUGCAUACAGAAAAGUCAGAUGUAUACAGUUUUGGGAUAACUGUCAAUGAACUUCUUACUGGUGUUGUGCCAUAUACUGAUCUUCGUACAGAAGCACAGGCCCACACAGUGCUUGAGAUGAACUAUACUGAGCAGCAAUUAACAGCAGCUGUUGUUUCUGAUGGAUUACGGCCAGUCAUUGCUACUGAGGACUCGGGUAUACCUACAAGAUUAUUAUCAAUGAUACAAAAAUGUUGGGAUUCAAAUCCUAAUAACAGACCUGCUUUUGAUGACAUUGUCAAGGAACUUGGUUUAAUUAAGGAGAGUGGUAAGUUAGAGAAGGCAGAAGAUAUUCAUAUCAGACCUUGUAACUUGCAUGUUGAUCAACCCGUGGACAAGACUGAUCACCUUUUGGCUUAUCAAGAGAGUUUUAGCUGGUCUACUCUUGGUGAACUUUUGGUCAGGAGUGGCUCUACUGCAAAAGAUUCUGGUUUGAUAACUAAGCGUGAGUCUUAUGAUGAACCUUCAGUAUACCAUCCAAUACUGUCUUGGGGAUCUUAUGCUACCUGUGGGAGAAGGGAGACUAUGGAGGAUACACAUUUCAUUCUGCCCCAUAUUUGCGGCGAAAAGGAUGUCUAUGCUUUUGGUAUCUUUGAUGGCCAUAGGGGUGCAGCAGCUGCUGAGUUUUCUUUUAGAGCUGUGCCAGCAGUUUUGCAGACUUUAAGUUUUAUGGGCAGCAGUCCUGCUAAAGCACUAGCGGAAGCAUUCAUUAGUACAGAUGCUGCCUUCAGAAAAGAGCUUGAUUCCUAUCGCAAAUCCAGAAGAUGUAUCCAGAAGGAUUGGCAUCCUGGGUGUACAGCAAUUACUUCUCUUAUAGUUAGGAACAAACUAUUUGUUGCUAACAUUGGUGAUUGUAGGGCAAUCUUAUGUCGUGCUGGUAGUCCAAUUGUUCUAAGUAAGGAUCACGUUGCAAGCUGUCUUCAAGAGAGAGAGCGUGUUAUUUGUCAGGGGGGGCAUGUACAUUGGCAAGUUGAUACUUGGAGAGUCGGUCUUCCUGCACUUCAGAAUUUGUUUUUGUGCCGAAGAAUCUCUUGCAACCAAUGUUAUAUUUUCAUGAUGAAAGUUUUGUACGGGUGAAGGAAGCAAUGUUCUUUGUUCAGUUCACUUGCAAAUUCUUACACUUUCUGUUCUUUCUGGGGUUGGGUGUAUUUCAUUAACAUUGCAUACUGGUCUGGCAUAUUGCUCACUUGAAUUCCAACGCAUGUUAAUCUAAAAUCUUGUACAUUGUUGAAAAACUAGUGGUGCAAUGACGUACGGAAGGCAAAUGCAAUACUAGUGGCCCCUAUAUUUGUUAAUAUAAUUCCGAUUUUCCAUUUCAGAAAGUAACUGGCAAAUAUCCUGGGGGAAAAGGUAAUUUGAUGUGGUGCUUAUUUGACUAGUUUCCUGAUGGUAGUGGGAACAUAGUGUCAGGACUCAGGAUUGCCUUCUGAAAAUAGGUUAUAUAACUAAUUACUUUUAGGUUUGUAUCUAGUGCAUGAGUCAUACAUUCUGGUAUUACUUAGAGAGGGAAGCUAUGUCUAGCCAUCACUGGUCUGAUUUGUAACGCAGCGCAAUUGGUUCGGUAAUGUCUGUCCUUUUUGCUUUCUUGUUCACUUUGUUGUAACUUCUGGCACAAAUGAUCUCGUGUGAACAAAAUAAUAUAAGCAGGCACCAGCAACUAUAUUAAUGGCAAUUUGAGGCUUUACUAUAUGUUGAUUCUAGUAAAAUAUUGACUGGUAUUUU